CUUACAAGCAACACUGUAUUGCAAAACCAUAGAAGAAAAACUGAUAUCUCAUUUUUAUUGUGUGCGCGGUGUUAUUGGUUGGUGCCGGUGUGCUCGCCCCCCAAGAUCCGUGGUAUAAAUGUUUACAUUUUUUGAGGUCUCGUGCUGGAUGAUUGUUCACAUCAAGCUUCGCAGGGCUUUUUCUGUGGUAACGAUUAUCAGUAUGUACGAAAACACGAGCUGUGCAGUGUGUGACACCUUUGUAAUUAUUGCACUCCGAUCAUCACCAUCUAUCCAUAAACAAUGCGAAAAAGUAGUAAUAAUUUAAAAAGUAUUUUAGCGAUAAUAUUGUUCCUCUCAUUGUUUGGUGUUUUAGUAUUAAAUUCGGGAAAUAACAGCGAACAAAAUAAUAAUAAUAAUAAUUAUGUGAUCGAUGUGACAGAGGAUGUAUAUUUUAAUGAAAUGUCAAACAAAUCUAAGAAACUUAAAUUAAUUUUAAGAUGCAUUGAUAGGCCAUUUAAAUUGGAAAAAAUUCAAGAUGGAUCUUUUUGGAUUCUCAAGAAUUAUAUUCGAGCUGAUCAUGCUGAAUUGAAUUGUGCCGAAAGUAUUACCUAUACAACACAUGGUGAUUUAACGUUUUUGGAUAAUUUAAAAACGUUGAUGCCAAGAUGGAGUGCCCCAGUGAGUUUCGCACUUUACGCACCAGGAACCGAUUUCAAUAAAACACUCGAAUCUAUACAAUAUGUUCGGAAUUGCUUGAAAGAAAGUGACCUCAUACAAUACUAUGUGACAUUUCAUAUAUAUUUCCCCAAAGAACACAUGCCAAAAAUUGUCCCUUUGACUGAAACAGAUGCUUUAAACUGGCCAUACGAUUGUAAUUUGCCACCACCCUAUGAGAAUAUAAACCGAACUACCAUGUACAAACAAAGUCAUAAUCUUUCCUAUCCAAUCAAUGUGGGUAGAAAUAUCGCCCGCAAAGCUUCUCUAACACACUUUAUAUUGGCAAGUGAUAUUGAGCUUUAUCCAAACCCUGGAUUUGUAGAUUCAUUUCUGGAAAUGGUUGUGAGGAAUUCAAGCGUACUAUCUGGUGACAAACCAAGGGUUUUUCCCUUAGCAACUUUUGAAAUUGAUAAGAGAGCAAUAAUGCCUGAAACCAAGACGCAGCUUCAAGAGUUAUUACGCAAUAAAACCGCUAUUCCAUUUCAUAAGAAAGUUUGCAGUACGUGUCAUAAUAUUCCAAAUAUGACUGAUUGGAUGUCAGCCAGUGAAACAGAUCAGUUGAAUGUUUUCAUAGUCGGACAAAGAAGAUCAAAGCAAGUUAUUUGGGAGCCAUUUUACGUGAGCGAUAAUUACGAGCCGUUCUUUGACGAACGAGUCACAUGGGAAGGCCAAAAGAAUAAAAGGAUACAGGGAUAUGCAAUGUGUUUACUGGACUAUGAGUAUCAUGUGCUAAAUAAUGCUUUUCUAAUACAUAGCCCGGGCAUUAAAGUAUUCAAACGGGAUUUGGUUCGAGAAAAGCAUGUUGCUGUAAUGAAUGCUCUAAUAAGAAAAGAAAUUAUACCUCAAUACAAAAUAUUGUAUGGAAAUCGUAAGGGUUGUAAUCCAUAAAUAGCUUUUUGUUAAUGAUUAAAAAAAGGUGAAUGUGAUAGAUUUUGUUUAUGUUUCUCAAUAAAAUGUGUAUU